AUGGAUGCUGAAAAGUUCUCACAAUUUUUCGGUGACUGUCCAACCUUCCAUAUACCUGGGCGCACGUUUCCUGUGGAUAUUCAGUUCAGCAAGGCUCCUGUCAUGGACUACGUGGAUGCUGCUGUCAAGCAGUCCAUCCAGGUACAUCUAGGUGCUCCGGAAGGCGAUAUUCUGAUAUUCAUGACUGGUCAAGAAGACAUUGAAGUAACCUGCGAACUGAUUGCCGAACGACUCGGGAACUUGGAGGAGGCUCCACCGCUCUCCGUUCUCCCAAUUUACUCCCAACUGCCUAGUGAUCUUCAGGCCAAAAUAUUCCAGAAAGCAGAGAAUGGCAUCCGAAAGUGUGUUGUUGCGACCAACAUUGCUGAAACUUCACUCACAGUCGAUGGUAUUCGAUAUGUGAUUGAUGCGGGCUACUGCAAGCUCAAGGUUUUCAACCCAAAGAUCGGUAUGGACGCACUACAACUUUUCCCCAUCAGUCAGGCCAACGCGAACCAAAGAGCCGGCAGAGCUGGCCGUACCGGCCCUGGCGUCAGUUACCGUCUCUACACCAUUGGCCAGUUCGAAGAGGAGAUGUUAACUUCCACUGUGCCAGAAAUCCAACGCACCAAUUUGGCAAACGUAGUGCUUCUUCUCAAGUCACUGGGCGUUCGAGAUCUCAUGCGCUUCCACUUUAUGGACCCACCCCCGCAAGACAAUAUUCUUAAUUCGAUGUGCCAACUCUGGGUGUUUGGUGCCCUCGACAAUACUGGAAAUCUCACGCAACUUGGUCGCCAGAUGGUGGAGUUCCCGCUGGACCCCGCACUGUCUAAACUCCUCCUUGUUGCCUGCGAGAUGGGCUGCUCGGAAGAGGCUCUCACCAUUGUCUCCAUGCUCUCCGUACCGAGCAUAUUUUUCCGCCCCAAG